GCCCUUCUGCCACCAAUGAAGACGCAGUUGCUCCUACAGGCACAUAGACGCAUGGUGCGAUGUUUGGUUCCACGAGACAAGCUCUUCGAAGUGGAUGCCUCAGACACUCCAAAUGUCGACACAGCGAAGCUGGCAAAAUUUCUGGGUUUCAAGCCGCCUCGCUGGGAUCCGCCGUUCCCCCGUAUUCGCCUGCCAGAGCCAAAAGCAGCGACUCUGCAGCUCCCGAGCAAGAAGGGCAAGAAGGGCAAGAAGGGCAAAAAGGAGCAUAGCAGCAUCAGUGGCAAGAGCCUGGCCUUGUGCAUCACUGGCCAACUCAAGCGCUUAGAGCUCAAGUCCAAGAUCAAGAACGUCAUUGAGCCCGCUCAAGCUGCUGGUUUGAACGUGCGCGUCGCAGCGGUACUUGACCCUGCAGCUGAUCCA